GGGGGGGGGGGGGGGGGCAGAUUUGAGAACCCAUAUGAGGUCCUGGAGGAUAUGCUUGCUGGAGUUGCGAGACCGAGAGAUCUGCCGCUAGCAUUUCUAGAGGACAUCACAAAUAAUUUCUCUGAAGACAGAAAAAUAGGUCAUGGUGGAUUCGGAGCGGUUUACAGGGGUGUCCUCGGAACCCAGAACAUUGCUGUGAAGAAGAUUGUUGUGAACGAAUACACAGUCGAUGAGAGGCUAUUUCGUUGUGAGGUUGAUAGCCUGAUGACGAUCAAAAACCAUCCAAACUUAGUCCGGUUUCUGGGCUUCUGUUCUAAUAAAGCUCGUAUAGUGAAAGACAAGACAGGAUCAGAAGAAUCAUUUUACCCUCAAAUAAUGGAUAUAUUACUUUGUUUCGAGUAUAUCAGCAAUGGGAGCCUUGAUGAACAUAUUACUGAUGAAUUUCGAGGACUCACAUGGGAUAACCGUUUCGAUAUAAUAAAAGGAAUUUGUGAGGGUCUACGUUAUCUUCAUGAGGAUAAAUCUAUCAUUCAUAUGGAUCUGAAGCCAGCAAACAUACUACUUGAUGAUCAUAUGGUACCAAAAAUUACUGAUUUGGUCAGUCAAGAUUAGCUGAAAACACACAUACUAAGGGUGAACGUUUUUUUACACCGUAAGAUAUGCAUCCACGAAACCCGUUGAAUUUUUUCAAGCAUUUACACGCUAAUAUUUUCGUUGUGCCACUAGGCAUCAACCUGUUGUGUUUUGACACAGAGGAUAUUGCGCUCCGGAAUACCGGACAAAUGGCCAAACGUCAUACAUGGCUGAUAUAUAUAGUUUGGGUGUUGUUAUCGUCGAACUUGUGACAGGAACUAAGAGCAUUCCACAUAUAACCAAUGUACUUCGAAGGUGGACACACAGGUGGAAUAAAUCGGCGACACGACACCAACAACACCAAGUAAUUAAAUGUAUGGAAAUAGCGUUACGGUGCAGUUUACAGGAACCAGAAAAUAGACCUUCUAUCAAUGAGAUAAUCCGCGAUCUAAGCGAAACAGGAAGUACAAGUGGGUCAAUUAGCCAGACUAGUCUAUGCCAGCAUGAUGACAUGCUUGGGAUUGAGCCACUGGAGCUGCGUUUCCAUUUCGAGCAUAACAAGCAGAUUUCGUGCUCAGUUGAGCUAACUAACGAGACAAGUAAUUCCACUGCCUUUAACAUCCUAACGCCAAGCGAACAGUACAUCGCUCAGCCAGACAAAGGCAUUGUGCUGCCAGGAGGCAAGCGUGAGGUGAAGAUCACACUUCAAUCACAGGAGAGUGCAACACAAGUUACGAAUGGGGACAAGUUUGUCGUGCAGAGCAUAAAACUGAAGGAGGGUCUAGCAGAUGAGGAAAUUACUGAUCGCAUGUUCAACAGCAAGGGCAGUGAAGUGGUUGAUGAAGUCAAUUUGAUGGUUGUAUAUGAUCCCGAGAAAUACCGAGAAGAGGAAGCCUCCAAGGACAUUGGGCCUAGCAGCUAUGAUAGCUCAAGAUACAUGUAUUUCAACCCACUCGAAAGCAUUUCACGGAAUCUAGCUACAAGCUUGACGAGCGACCAAACCGUGGGUCUCGCAACGGGGGCCAUCGGAAUCCUGCUCCCCAAGCUGAGUGAGCUCCUCAACAAGUACAAUCCAGAUACAAGCAUUAGGAGUGAUGUGGAUUGUGUCAUACAAGAGCUAAGAGUCAUGCGCGCUGAUCUUUGCUAUGUGUCAGAGGUGCAGCGGGACAACAAGAAUGAGCAGAUCAAGUUGGUCAAGCUUUGGGCCGACGAAGUCAGGGAACUGUCAUAUGACAUAGAGGAUGUCGUCGACGGCUUCCUGAUGCACGUCGAGGGCUCAGAACCUGCCACCUAUACUGCUGGAUUGAUGGAGCUCAUACAAAAGAUGAUGACCACGUUAAAAUUGGGAAGUACCAAUCACCAGAUUGGUGGCACGAUAAAAAAAAUCAAGGACCAAAUCCAGAACAAGUCUUUCUGGAAGAGAGAGUACAAGGUUGAAAAGGUUGUACCUUUUGAACGAAGAAAGGUUGCCAAUACAGUUUCCACAAUUAAUGCUCAUCUACUGUCGGCAUUGGCCAACGAUAGCAAUAAACUCGUUGGCAUCAAUGAUGCAAUGAAGGAUUUCACCAAGAGGCUGAGAGGUGUAGAUAAGGAUCUCAAGGUACACUCCAUCUUCGGUAUUGGAGGAUUGGGCAAGACCACGCUUGCCAGAGCUGUGUAUAAUCAGCUCAAAGAGUCCUUGCGUUUGACAGCUUUUGUUCUCAUGGGUCGGAAUCCCGAUGUGAAGAAACUCUUCUACGACAUUCUAUUUGAACUUGACCAAAAGAUGUGUAUAAAGUUGAAAAACAAAGAACUGGAUGAAAGACAGCUCAUAGAUGUACUCAAAAGUCUGCUCAAGAACAACAGGUACACACCACCUACCCUGGUGAAGAACAACAAUAUUAAACGUUUAGAAAAAGCAUGCCCAGAGUUACAGAAUGUGAUGUGUCACCUGAUCCACAUGGGGCUAAACUAG